CUUUGCCUGAGCUCCACAGCAGUGUGCACAGCCUCUCCCGAAAUGAAGUCUUUCAUCGCCUUCAUCGCCUUCGUCGCCCUCGCUCUCUCGUGCUCUCUCGCCGCACCGGAUGGGCACGGGGGCUUUGGCCAUGGAGGACACGGCGGAUACGGACACGGAGGCUUCGGGCAUGGUGGCCACGGAGGCUAUGGCCACGGCGGGCACGGCGGACAUGGCAGCGGUUAUCAUGGCCAUGGAGGUUAUUCUCACAGCUUUUUCCGCCUCGGUUAUGGGCACAGUGGCCACGGUGGGGCUGGCUUCCACGGAGGACACGGGGGUUAUGGACAUGGCCACGGUGGGCAUGGACACGGUCACGGAGGCUUCGGUGGCCACGGCGGAUUCGGUGGAUAUGGCCACUGAAGCAAGAUAUUAGCAGGAUUUUUGAGACAUGGAUACACCUUUAAUUUAUAUCAUGAC